CAUCAGCGCCUCUCUCUCGGGGCUGGGCAGGGCUGUGUGCGCUGCUGCUUCUCGUCCCAAGACCAAGUCUGAACAGCAGCUUCCCUCCCUCAGCUGCUUGAACUUUUUUUUCCUUUCUCUGAGGCUGGAAAGAAGUGUCACAUUUUGCUCUCUCCCAAGCCCGCUCCCCCACCCUCUCCCAGGGACCGUGUGCUGUGUGGAGGGGGCGCUGGGAGCCACCUCUGGGCUUCGGGUGACGGUGACUGCGGCGAGGAACUUUCAGCCCCUCACAUCCUCACACGAUGAAGUUCCUCGGGAAGCCCAGGAGCCAGACAGCUGCUCUUCUGCCUCUUUGCUUGCUCUUUUUGAAGAUUCUGCACCCGGGGCACAGCCACCUUUACAGCAACCGCUAUGCUGGUGAUAAGGUGAUAAGACUUAUCCCCAACACAGAAGAGGAAGCAUAUGCACUGAAGAAAAUAUACCAGCAACUGAAGGUGGACCUGUGGCAGCCCAGCAGCAUCUCCCAGGUAUCCGAGGGCACAGUUACCGAUGUCCAUAUUCCCCACAAUGGUUCCCGAGCCCUGUUAGCCUUCCUGCAGGAAACCAACAUCCAGUACAAGAUCCUCAUAGAAGAUCUUCAGAAAGUACUCGAAAAGGGAAGCAGUUUGCCAACCCAGAGAAGUCGAAGAUCCCUCUCUGGAUAUAAUUAUGAAGUUUAUCACUCCUUAGAAGAAAUUCAAAACUGGAUGCACCAUUUGAAUAAAACUCAUUCAGGCCUCCUUCACAUGUUCUCUAUUGGAAAGUCAUAUGAGGGAAGACCUCUUUUUGUGUUAAAGCUGGGCAGAAGAUCACGUGCUUACAAAAGAGCUGUCUGGAUAGACUGUGGGAUUCAUGCAAGAGAAUGGAUUGGUCCUGCCUUUUGUCAGUGGUUUGUAAAAGAAGCUCUUCUAACAUAUAACAGUGAUACAACCAUGAGAAAACUGAUGAAUCAUCUGUAUUUCUAUAUCAUGCCUGUGUUUAACGUUGAUGGAUACCAUUUUAGCUGGACCAAUGAUCGAUUUUGGAGGAAAACAAGGUCAAGGAACUCAAGGUUCCGCUGCCGUGGAGUAGAUGCCAAUCGAAACUGGAGGGUGAAAUGGUGCAGUAAGUUGGGCAUUAAUUGGGAUUUGGAUCCAAAGAUACCCAUAGUUUUCACUCUCAAAAUGACGAGCCCGUUAGACUCCCAUGUAAGACUGAUGUCUUUGUGUAUGUGA